AUGCCGGAAAUAAGCAUUUCGGAGACUCCGGCGCUGACCCCUCAGUUUUGUUUCAAUGAAAAGCUUCUUCUAGAGAACUUGAACGCCUUGAUCACACCAGCCCGGCAAGGAUUCGAUUCAUCAUCAACCGCCGUGCGGCAAACCGAUUCUAGAGGCCAGAAGGUCAUUGAUCCAGAGGCUUGCCAGGGCUUCAAAGACAAUGUGCUGUUCUCCUCAUGGCAGACUCGCUCCGAUGUCUUGAAUUAUUGUGCUGGAGUGGCUACCAGCCCCGAUCCCGAAGAUCCGGACUUGAUUCUGCGAGAGACCGAGUCCGCACGGGACCGAGAAAGAGUCGUCAAUGAACGACUAGACCCAUACUCAGGUCGUUUCUUCCCAAAGGAGCCUCGAACUGAGUCACUGGCUAAUUUGGUCCGCAAUCAGCGUACUGUGGAAGAAAUUAUACGUGCUCGGACAUGGGGGCUGGUGUCAGAAAGAUGUGGCCCUGGUUCGUCAUGGGAAGAUGCCCUUAAUAGCUGGCGACAGAAGCACCAGCGAUAG